AUGGCGGCGGUGGGGCGGGACACUCUACCUGAGCACUGGUCCUAUGGCGUCUGCAGGGACGGCCGGGUGUUCUUCAUCGAUGACCUGACCCGCUCUACUACUUGGCUGCAUCCUCGCACCGAGGAGCCCGUCAACUCCGGCCACAUGAUCCGCUCAGAUCUGCCCCGCGGCUGGGAGGAGGGGUUCUCCGAGGAGGGAGCCAGCUACUUCAUUGACCAUAACCAGCAGACCACAACAUUUAGACAUCCUGUGACAGGACAGAUUUCUCCAGAAAACAUUGAAUUUAUUUUACAAGAAGAGCAGAAUUCACACAUGUCCAAGCAACAAGUAAACCAAAGACCCUCAAGCAUGGUCAGUGAAACAUCUAUUGCACUAACUACAUCCACUGUAGAUACAAAACCUGGCUCCAAGGUUUUAAAAUCUGGCAAUAAAGUUCACAGCUUUGGAAAGAGGGACCAGUCUAUCAAGAGGAACCCUAAUGUUCCUGUUGUGGUGAGAGGCUGGCUACACAAACAGGAUAGCUCUGGAAUGAGAUUAUGGAAAAGACGAUGGUUUGUGCUGUCUGAUUAUUGUUUGUUUUAUUACAAAGACAGCAGAGAAGAAACUGUUUUGGGUAGCAUACCAUUGCCUAGUUAUGUAAUAUCUCCUGUUGGACCUGAAGAUCACAUAAACCGCAAGUAUUCCUUUAAGGCUGUCCACACAGGGAUGAGGGCAUACAUUUAUAAUAAGAGUUCUGUUAUUGGCUGUCAGGCAGAGCAUUCAGGAAUGCGCACAUACUACUUCAGUGCAGAUACCCUAGAGGAUAUGAAUGACUGGAUCCGUGCCAUGAAUCAAGCUACUCUGAUGCAAACACGUUCAUCACUGAAGAGAGAAACAGAAAAAGGGGAUCAGCAAGCUGUUCCCCAAGCUAACCAUGUGGAUUCCCGCAAAGAGCGUGCAAAGGUGGAUACUGCUGAUAUAAAAGAAAGUUAUCAAAAAGCAACUGAAAUCUUUGGAUUUGAUAGGCAUGAAGAGAUAAGAAAAGAAAGAGAAGAUGAAGAACGUUAUGUCUUCAGAAAAGAAAUUCUGGAAGCGAAGAGGGGAAAAUCUAAGCAUCCAUUAUCAUCAGGAGAAGUUGAUCAGUUUCCAGAUUUAACAAGUGCAUCUCGGCCCCAAGUAGCUCAGCCUCAGCCAAUUGAGAAGAAUGGGACGUUUCCUAGUUCAUUAAACAUGAGUAUUGGCCCAGUGGAGCAGAAUGGUACCAGUUUCUAUAAAAGAGGGUUUGUUCCCAGAGCAAAUCCAGAUAAACAGAUGCAAAGGAAAAACAACAUGACUCAAGUGGAGCACUGGGUAAAAGUCCAAAAAGGAGACACAAAAAGUCUUGCUUCUGAUCAGAUUCUAACUCGUCAAGGUCCCAGUCAGUCUUCGUCUUUUCCUGAAAAUUAUCAUACCUUGCCAAAGAAUACCAGGCAGCCUUCAGGGAGCUCUCCUCCACAAAAUCGCAACUUGCCAAGUGACUACAAAUAUGCCCAGGACCGUGUUAGUCACUUGAAAAUGUCCCAUGAGGAGAGGAAAGCUAAUAAGGAUGGUACUGUAUGGCAGCUAUAUGAGUGGCAACAGAGACAGCAGUUUAAACACGGCAGUCCAACUGCUCCAGUUUAUGCAGGUUCUCCGGACUUUACUGACCGUGUUAAAGCAAAAAGUUCACUAGAUGUUCCACGAUCAAUUUCUGUUCCUCCAUCUCCUUCCGAUAUUCCUCCACCAGGACCUCCAAAAAUCUUUCCGCCAAGGAGACCGCACACUCCUGCAGAAAGGGUUACUGUUAAACCAUCUGAUGGGAGACAGAGUAUAGACAUACCUUUUGCUGGAUCUCCAAGAAGGAUACGAAAUCGUACUGUAAAGAAUUCAGCACACGUUGAUAGACGCUCCAUGCCUACUAUGGGAUAUAUGACCCAUACUGUAAGUGCACCCAGUUUACAUGGCAAGUCGGCUGAUGACACCUACAUCCAGCUGAAGAAAGACUUGGAAUAUCUGGAUCUAAAGAAGCAGUCUCCUUUUAUGAUAACAGUGACAGGGCGUGAUGUACUAAAAGAACGAAGUACAAAACCUGUCAAGAUUGCAGAAAGUGAUAUUGAUGUCAAGCUAAGCGUUUUCUGUGAACAAGACGGGAUUCUACAGGACUUGGAAGACAAAAUAAGAUCCCUUAAGGAAAAUAAAGACCAGUUGGAAUCUGUUUUGGAGGUUUUGCAUAGACAGAUGGAACAGUACAAAGACCAACCACCGCAUGCAGAAAAAAUUUCUUCCCAGCAGAGACUUUUGCAAGAGGACCUCAUUCAUAUUCGGGCUGAAAUAUCCAAGGCAUCCACUGAAAUGGAAAAUGCUUGGAAUGAAUAUCUGAAAUUGGAAAAGGAUGUGAACCAGCUGAAGCAAGCCUUACAGGAACAGAUGAACAGAUCAUUCUUUCCUCAGGAGAAAACACAAAUGCAAAAAGAUUUAUGGAGAAUUGAAGAUGUCACAGCUGGCCUAAGUGCAAAUAAAGCAAACUACAAAGUCAUAGUAGAUUCUAUAAAAAAUCCAGAAAGAAAAACAGUGCCUUCAUUUUCUCAGCCUAUAGUGCCUUCAUUAUCAACUUCUCUCACGACUAUGGAGAGCAAACAUUCUACUCAGCGAACUCCUCCAUCCAGUCCUGUUAAGUCCUCUUUGGAGGUUAGGCUGUUUCCACAGCCUUAUACUCAGCCUAGAACACAGUUUCAACCACAACAGCUGAAAAAAGUUGAGCAUCCUCUUCAGUCACCAGUGAAGCUAAAGUCAAAAAUUGAAGAUGAAGCACCACCCAGACCUCCUCUCCCUCAGGUCUACAAUCCUGAUGAUCACCCACCAGCUGUUCCACCUCUUCCAAGGGAAGCCAAUGUCAUCAGGCACACAUCAGUGCGAGGCCUGAAACGUCAGUCAGAUGAAAGAAAGCGAGAUCGAGAACUGGGACAAUAUGUGAAUGGAGAUUAUAGGGGAGAACUUCGUUCAUACAUGAGUGAACCUGAAUUACCUACAAUAAGUGGAGACCUCAGCCAAACUUCACUUGGUUUCAUAGGUUCUGACAGUGGAUACCAAACAUUACCUACCAGAGGAUUAUCUGGAUCAACUUCCAGACUGCACCAGACAUCCACCAGUUCAUCGUAUGCAACGUUUCAAAGAGAUAGCUCCAAGGAGAGACCAAAGAGUGCCUUGGAACGCUUAUACUCUGGAGACCACCAAAGAUGCAAGAUGAGUGCUGAGGAACAACUAGAAAGAAUGAAGCGACAUCAGAAGGCAUUAGUUCGUGAACGCAAGAGAACUCUUAGCCAAGGAGAAAGACAGUCUGUUUCAACUCGGUCUUUCAUCCGGCCCGUUUCUGCAGACAUAGGCUCAUGGAAACGAGAACAAGAAUUUGAUUUGCAGUUACUUGAGAGAACAAUACAUGGAGAAGAGAAAAACGAAAAUGACAGGUUAAAAAUUCAGCCUGUACCAGUGACAGAGAUGGACCUGGAACCUCAAGAUUAUAACUUAGAUAUCAGCAGAGAGUUGUCAAAACCUGAAAAGGUGGCAAUUCCAGAACGCUACGUUGACCUGGACCCUGAAGAACCUCUCAGUUCAGAAGAAUUAGCUGCAAGACACCGUAAUGCAGAAAAGAUAAAGAAUAUUCUUACCAGGUCUAGUAAGCACAACCUACAGCCUGCUGUUGCUCAGGCCAAACACAACUCAGUUGAUUUAGAUUCACAGCUGCAGGAGCAGGAACGCAUCAUUACCAUAUCAUACGCUUUGGCUUCUGAAGCCUCCCAGCGAAGCAAGGAAGUAGCAGGCAGUGGUGGCCCUAUCCUUUCCUCCCUGGAGACUGCCUCAUAACUACAUGACUGAGGAGAGACAGGAUCAUUUGAAGAUUUCAUCUGUGUCCAAUAGUCAUUUCCUAUCUCUUCCAAAUUUCCUUCUCCCCACCCCUCCUCACGCAUUUGGACUACACAACAUAAUUAUAAUUGGAGCACGCAAUCAUAGCACCUCAGGCUCUGACUGAACCUCUUGGAGCUAAAGCAGUUUAAUCUGGGUCAGUACAUGAAGAGGAAGCAUCCCCCAACCUUUCCUAGGGAAUCUCAAGAAAUGGGGCUAGCAAUUGGGAGGGCACUCCUGAGUUAGCACUGAAUGGAUACCCCUAGCUUGUCUUAAGGCAUCGUGCUACUCUCACGUGGGUGCUGGUUUUUGGAAGAUAUAAAAAGCCUUAACUAUUGUAGUCAUUAAAGAUUCCACAGCAGGUGUGAGUCCCAUAAUUAUUUUGGUGAGUGUUCUAUCUAUUUAAAUUCCCCUUGCAGUCAGCUGAAUAAAAUAUUCUUCAUUUCCUAUGUGAAAUUGUUGGGUAGAGCUGCUAUGUUACAUCUCCGAGGAGCUUAAUGUGAUCUAGCUGUACAUACUGUAGAGUAUCAAGGUUUUCAGGUGCUCAAGAAUUCUCACUGGUACCUCUGUGUCCAAGCCCAGGAAGCUCUUGGCUCCUGCAGAUUUGUACUUGGUAAACUUAUAGGGGUACUCUGGGUUAGAGUAAGUUUGACACGUUGUUAAAAAAUGGCCAUGGAAUGUUUGUCAUUCAUUCUCUUUGCCCACUGGAGCAAGCCUGUCUGCGUCAAUAAGAGUAAGUAA